AUGUAUGAUUCACAUGAUCAACAAGAGCCACCUUAUGAAGAUUUACUUUUAAAUCCUUCCAAAUUAAAACAAGUAGUAAAAGCUUUAUCCAAGCGUCAAAAGCAUUCUCAUGAUAAUUAUCGUUAUAUGGAUACAGAAGGGUUAGAAAAGGAAAUCAAUGAUUUCUUUAGUAAUAGUGAAUUGAGAUUAAUACUACAAGACAAAGGUGAAAACGAUCAAAAUGAUGAUAGAUUAAUAUCAUCAGAAGAAUAUCAUCAUCAACAACAACAACAAAAUAUAAAGGAAUUAAUAAAAAAGUUGGAAUACCAUCCUGAGCAACAAUCGGCUUUAUUACAUCAAGACCAACUCAAUGCUGCAGAACAUGUGAUUCAUAUUUUACUUGGGCAUGAUGAUCGAAACAUUGAAAAUCUUAUCCAUGCAGCUGAACUAGUAGUUCAGUGUGGCGGAUUAACGGUAGCAUGUCGGAUAUUGAAAAGUGCAUUUCAACAUAUUAGAAAAACAUCUGAUUUAUCAAAAAAAGCAUGUUUAACCUUGGAUAUUUUAUUAACUUUGGUCUAUCCAGUGAUUGAAGUACUUUGUUAUAAGAAAAGAACGGGUGAUGAUACAAAAAAAGACGAUUUGGAUCCUUCAUUUGUUGAAUCAUUGUUUUGUUUUCUUGGAGAAAUUCAAGAUCAUCAGAUGGUUCAUUUACCUAUGCGAAAGUUAAUGUCAUUGACGUGGAAAUGUAUGCUAUUGAACUUUGGUGGAUUGGAGGAUAUAAGACAAAUAAAACAAACAUUGCACAAGAAGUCUGUCCCAAUCACAAACAAAACUUCAUUUCAAAGCUAUUACAAAUUUUUGGAACAAACAACAGAAAAAUAUGGUGGAUACAAUCCAACAUUACCAUCAGAUAUUCCUUCUUCACUUGCUGUGAAAUCCAAUUCUUCAUCUAUUAGUGCCAUGGGUCUUUCUUAUGCAUCUUCUAUUAUCGAUCUACCAUAUCAAUCCUUUUAUCAUUCUACCAAUACAGUAUCAUCACCAUCUUCAUCACCACCAUCACCAUCAUCCAAAAAGAAAAAAUCUCAACAACAACAACAACAACAACAAAAUGCCUUUGUAGAUCAAGAUGAAGAUCAAUUUCCUUCAGAAGCCAAUCAGAUAUCUUCAACAGAUGGUUCAGUUAUAUUACCUCUUGAUCAAACAGGACCUAGCGUUCCAUAUAGUAUCAUAGAAGCAGGUAACGUUUAUCUGUCUCAUUUGAACAAAUCAAGAACAUCUCAACAAUUGAUACAGCAACGUGAACAAGCAAUACAGAAAUGGCAAGAUCAACGACAUAGAUCAUCAUCAUCAUCUGAUAAAUAUGAUCAUCAUAUAUUGAAUCAAUUUGAAGGCUUUUAUAAAGCCAUUGUUCCUCAUUUACAGAAUGUAAUAGCCAUUUUACUCAAACAGCUAUUGACCACUAUCUUACCGGGUGAAUCACAAGGUACCUCAGAAGAGGACCGUAUGGAUGAAAUACGAAACAACGAAAACUUAUGCAAGUCCAUCUCGGGCACUCUCAUCCUUUUGUUGAGAUGGACCAAAUUAUCGCAUAUGUUGAAGUUCGAAUAUAUUAGUCAAUUACUAGUGGAUUCAGGUUGUAUUUUAUUGAUAUUGAAAAUCUUUGGAUUACAAGAUGUGAUAGAGUUGGCAUCAAGACGUACAGAUAUCGAAACACUCAGACUUUUCCGCAUUGAUCAGAUGACGGAUACUUACACCAAUGGUCGAAAUAUGUUUUGGAUGAUUAAUUUACUUUGUGUGCUUCAAAAAUUAACCAAAGCCAAGUCCAAUAGAGUGAUGAUUAUGGUACAAUAUAAAUCUACGGCAAUCUUUAAGAAACUUUUGAAAAUCUCUCAUCCAGUUUUGGAAUUAUAUACUCUCAAAAUAUUAAAAUCUCAAGUCCCUUAUCAAACGAAGAAAUGGAGAACGAGUAAUAUGAAGAUCAUUUCAGCUAUUUACUUACGUUGUAAUACAUCUUUGAAUGAUGAUUGGAUGAGUAAAAACGAUACAGAAGAGGAUUUAGAUGGAAAGGCGGAAGAAAUCAAUCUUCGACUUUUGAUUCGAAUUUACCAUGGUGAACGAUAUCUUCCUGAAUUACUUCCACCUUUUGAUGAUGCCAUUCAUAACAAUGGAUCAACACAUAGUUCUUCAGAUAAUACCUCUCGACAAUUAGAACCAGCGUCUGUCAAUGGAAAUGAUAUUGGAGAUUCUUUUGAUACGGAUGACUUUGAAUUGGAUCCAUCAUUUGUCGCUACUUAUGAAAUUUGGUUGGAUGAAGAAGUUUAUAAUGCAUCGGAUAAACAAUUAACACAACCUAUCAUUAUUGAUGAUAUCAGGAAUGAAGAGGAAGAGGAAGAUGAUCAGGUUGAAGAAGAAGAAGAAGAAGAAGAUGUUGAUGAUGAUACAAGUUCAUCUCAUACAAAUGAUAUUAUUGGAACACCUGUUCCAUCAUCACCUAUUGCUACAGAUUAUUUUAGUCAAAUGACAUGUCAAAAACUAUAUUAUUCAACAGAUAACAAAACUAAAAUGGAUGAAUCUUUUACCAAGAUAGAUUGUAGAGUGUUAGAACGUCCACAUUGGUCACAACAACAACAACAAUCUGAACAAUCUUCAACUACUUACUAAUAAUAAUAAAAAAGAAUGUU